AUGACUCAGACAGAUCAUGAAGCUAACUCGAACGGCUUCGACUUCUCCAAUCAUUUGAGGAACUCGCACCUUACCUCGGCCUCUGGUCCCUCCAAGCUCGCUUUGCCCAAGGCGACCAGCACUGGGACGACAAUCGUAGGCUUGGUUUGGGAAGGCGGGAUCUGUCUUGGUGCUGAUACAAGAGCAACUGAAGGCCCAAUCGUCGCCGACAAAAAUUGUGAAAAGAUCCAUUUCAUUUCUGACAAUAUCAGAUGUUGUGGUGCUGGUACUGCGGCAGACACCGAAUUCGUCACAGCAAUGAUCUCCAGCAACAUCCAGUUGCAUGCACUCUCGACUGGGCGCAAACCCAGAGUCGUAACGGCAAUGACAAUGCUCAAACAGCAUCUCUACAAGUAUCAAGGCCACGUCGGUGCAGCUUUGGUGAUCGGAGGAGUCGAUCCGACUGGACCCCAUCUCUUCACUGUCGCACCACACGGUUCGACGGACAAGCUACCCUAUGUCACGAUGGGUUCUGGUUCGCUGGCAGCAAUGGCGGUGUUCGAAACAAAAUGGAAGCCGAAAAUGGCCCGUCAAGAGGCUAUCGAUCUUGUCGUCCAAGCCAUCUAUGCUGGAAUCUUUAACGAUCUUGGAUCGGGAAGCAAUUGUGACGUAUGCGUCAUCGAGGCCACUGGUACUGAAAUGCUCAGAAACUAUGCGAUGCCAAACGAGAGAGUUGCAAAGGAACUCAACUACACUAUGCGUCGAGGGACUACCGCUUGGAUUAAGCAAGACAUUAAAAAGUUGAUCGUCUCCGAAUCUAUCACUCGUAUCGGUGGUGGAGUGGUUGAAGGCGGACCAGGUACGGGUGCUGGCGCGGCUGAGGGCAUGGAAUUAGACAAAUAA